UCGUACUGUUGGUUGCAACGGCCAUUUAAAAAGUGCAACAAUAAACGUUUUAGUGACGUAUGUUGGUGUUUAUAGCGCAUUUAUGCGAAAUUAGUGCAAUAAACAUUUAAAUCAAAAUGCAUCCGAGUCGAAGACGAAAAAAGCGUCCGAAUUACGGAAUUCGAACGGUGGAAGUGCUGCGGGGACCCAAUGGCUUUGGCUUUACCAUUUCUGGUCAACAGCCUUGUAUUUUGUCUUGUAUUGUUUCGAAUUCGCCUGCGGAUCAAGCGGGACUUCGCGCUGGUGACUUUUUAAUAUCCGUUAAUGGUAUGUCCGUCUCGAAGAGCACGCACGAUUCCGUCGUCAAUCUGAUCGGAAACAGUAUCGGACCGAUUAAAAUGACAAUAGCCGAAAACUACUAUUCGGAUAGUAGCGACGAGGACAUCGAUUUGGGAAGGAUGGUGAGCAAUCGAAAACCGAAACACAUGCAUCGACCACGUACUCAACGGCAGUACAAGCAUGAGGCUAGUGGCAGUGCUAACGAUCGUUUAGGUUUUAAUAGUCCAAUAAAGAAAGUCAUGCGGAUGCAGAAUAUCAUAAGCAAGACAGGCAAGAGUGAAGAAGUUCCUUUGCAAAAGUGUGCCCUAGUUGAAAAUGAAGGUGGUCCUAUCGAAUACAAAGCGCUCGUCGGUUAUUUAGGUACGAUCGAAAUGCCAAAGCAACUUCUUCCAAAUGCGCGUUUACAAACGGUCUGUAGUUGUAUACGAAAAUUGAGGCAAGAGAAACGGACUCCAACAAGUGUGUUAAUGACAGUUUUACCCACCUGCUUAACUUUAAAAAACGCCUCGAACCAAAUAUUAGCCAUUUACCCUACGACACGAGUUGUUUAUAUCAGUUCGUCAAUUGAUAAAGACCUGAGGUACUUCGGAUUAGUUACAAGUGCCACGUGUGAUAAUCGAACUGUCGAUAAUACACAAGCACGAAAUAAUCAAUACUCCAACGUGGAUGACAAGUGGGAUUCUAAUUCAUUUGAAAAACCGUGCAAUAACAAGAACGAGGAUAAAUUGGAACUAGAAAUUUCGAACAGCUGUCAUGUUUUUAUGACCGAUCCUAAAAUGGUCGAGCAUAACAUUCAUUUAGAGAAAGCCGAACACUUCAAUAUAAUCUGUACCCCAGAUUUAGUCAUGGGAAAUUGUUUGGAGUUCCCUAAGAAUGCUUGUUAUAUUGUCAGUUUAGUGCAAAAUAUGUAUAAACUACAAGACUCCACUAAUAGAGCGAAUGGAAGAAAUGACGAUUUGUUACCAAUCUUGGCAAAUUCUCCACAACCGAGCGCCUCGAGUAACUCAGAUUCUGGUAUAGGAUUUCGUGAUGACUGUGGUAAUAUAAGUGAUAGAAUAUUAGUCGUCGAAUUUCCGACUCAAAAACAUCUACCUAUCGUCACUUCAACUUGUGUGCGGCCAUCUGGGAUUGACGCCUCCAGCCUUCUACUGGAUGGUAUAGAUAAACCCCUGGAAGGUGACAGUGACAUGUCAGGAUAUGCUGCAUGUUCCAACUUAAAUAAUAUUAGAUGCAAAAACGACGAUUUUAAAUGCACAAAGGGUGUUUGUUUGGAGGACAAAGAGAACAAUUCGAGUAAUCUAAAUAAUAUUCGCGCAUAUCAAGAGUGUACUAAAAAUUGUGUGCCUAAAAUUGACAACAUAUCAAAAAGUAACGAGAUGGACCAUUACAAAAGUCGACUCACUGUUCGUGCAAUGCCGGAUCCUAAGAAGUUGCAAUCGAACUAUGAGGAGUGUUGUCGAAAUGGCGACAUCGACACCGGACAGGUUUUCCGUGAGUGUCCCAUAGAUGUGCCAUCAUGUCAAAAAUCGUAUGAAACCGCUUCAAUCAACUCUUUUCCGGAAGACGCUAGCUCUGUAGAAACAGUGUCAGUCCAUAGCACCAAAAGUUUAGAGUUAGAUAACUUAAAAGCGGUUUUUAAAACUCCGAGCGCUAAGUAUUUGGAUAAAAAGUCGACAAAACGCAAAUUGAAAAUGGUUGGCAGCUAUGAUAACUUAGUAAUUGAAAAUUACGAAAGCUCACUGAUGAACUAUAAACUAAGCCCGAAAGUCUAUGGGAUAUCGAAACCGAAUUAUAGUUGUGAGGAACUCAACUCUUUGGAUAGCAUGGAAAAGUGCGGAUACGGCAGUUUACAAGAUUUGUGCAGUUUGGUAGAUCAAAGUUCUACUAAAUGCGGCAUUGCACAGAGUGAACCGGAUGUACGAUUGAGACGGGGACAGGAAUCUGGAUUUUUGUGUGACGAAAAUGGAGUUAAGAAUACGAAGCAAGCUGAAGUUGUUGCGGCUUGGGCUACUUCUUUUGAGAAAUUGUUGGCAGAUUCUGUAGGAUUACAAACAUUUGCGGAAUUCUUGAAAAAAGAAUUUAGCGCCGAAAAUAUUUACUUCUGGACAUCGUGCGAACGGUACAGACGUUUACCUGCCGGUCCCGAAAAGGUCGCCGAAGCUCAGAGAAUCUACAAACGCCAUCUAUGCGUGGGAGCGCCAGAAGCGGUCAAUGUCGACUCACAAGUUCGACAAUUUACGGAACAAUCUUUGCAAGAGGCUCAUUCGACGCUCUUCGAGCAAACGCAAAAGCAAAUAUUUAACUUAAUGAAGUUUGACAGUUAUCCUCGAUUCUUAAAAUCCGAUUUAUAUAAACAAUGCCUGGCCGGUCACAUAGAGACAUUUAUAGAUGACCGAUUACUUAUUCAUCCGGCCGGUUUAACCCCUAGUAAAUUAAAGAAGUCUCUCAGUAAUGCCGAAGAUAGAUGGCGCAAGUCGUUGCUGCCUUGGCAUAGAAAAAAUCGAUCGAAAUCAAAAGAUCGAAUCGAGAAUGAGUGCGCUGUGAAAAAGGAUGAUGGCAAUGAAAGUGCAAUUGAUGAAGUGAGCAAAAAUGAUAUCAGUGACGUGCAUAGUAGCAAGUCUUCGUUAGUGUCACAGGACUCUUCAAAAGGUUUAAGUGAAGAGACUUCUUCAAAUGCGACAGUUGCAAGAGGUGCUCUAUGUCGUGUAAUUUUAAACAAUGGUAGUACAACGGUAGUAAAAAUUAAGGAAAAUGAAACAGUAGAGCAAAUGGUACUUCAUGUGCUUGAAAAGCGUGGUAUCACUUAUUCAUCCUUUGAAGUCUUCACGGACAAACACCAUAAAUCAGUGAGUAUUAACGAACCAUCAACAGUUCUGGCAGGGUGCGAAGUUCGAGUGGAACAACGUGUUAUUUUCAAAUUAGAUUUGCCUAAUAAGAAAGUAAUUGCUGUGAAAUCGAAAUCAAAUAAAAUUAUAGUGGACGUUUUGAAGCCAAUUCUAAAUAAAUAUGAUUACCAUUUGGAGCAAGUCAGCGUUACCAUCAAAUCAGACCUUGUAGAUGUCACGCUUCCGGUCACGGCCAUAGAUCGAAUGCGACUAGCCAUUCAGUUGAACAACGAAUCUAAGGAUCCAACAAGAACGCAAAAUCCAAAACCACUUCAGAUCAAGGUUUUCAAUGCGUCCUCCCUCGAAGAAAUCACCAACAAAGUAUUUAAAGAAUUGUUGCACGAAAAGGCUGAUAUCAAAUACAAAUCGGGAUCGGAUCGAGGAUCCGUGAAGAGUGAAGACUGGGGAUCGGAACAUUCAUCCGGAAUAUUAGGAAGAUUUUUACGUCGUGACUCCGGUAUUCACGAGAAGAAAAAAAAUUCGUGUCGCUUUAAAGGCACUUCGAAUCAUAGCAGUAUUGAGGAUAUCGCCGAUGAUCAUUCGGCUGCCAACAUUAAAAAACCAUUAAUCGCGAAAUGGAAAACGGGUGUUAAUAAGUUGCACGUGGGAUGCAGUGAAAGUGAUAAGUUAUACGAAGGCUUAAAUAGAGCUCAGAGCUCUCGAAUAGAGGAUCAACGAGGCACAGAGAUCAAUUUCGAAUUGCCUGACUUUUUGAAAGACAAAGAUAUUAGUCAACAUAAUUGUAGUCGGGUUAGGAAAUUUCGCAGGACAGAUGGUAGCCAUAACGAAAGGUUUUGCGAUCCCGAGACUGGAAACGAGUUGUUGUCUAAUAGACAGUUUGAACCGCGAUGUAAUUAUGAAAAUAGGAAUGUAAUUUUUGAAAACGACGGUGGUAGUAAUGUAAAUAAUAAUAGUGUAAAUCAUAUUAAUCAAAAUACGGACUUAAAUAAUAUAAGAAGAUUUCCUACCUGCACUAUUUCUUCAGAUGAAAGUUCUAAGUCAAGUCAGUCAACCCCAACAAAAUGUAAUAAGGAUUUGAGUAGUAAUGUCGCCGAUAAUCCCAAAGUUGGUGAUCCUCCACCUUUACCUCCUAAACCAAAAAUUCUUCCCAUUAAACCUUCAAAUUGGGGCCAAAGUGGACUCUUUAAAGUGCCUAGGGUCCCACGUAAUGACGGUACAAAACAGUCCCUCUAUUUAGAACAACCUACAAGCAGCUUUGUGUAGAAUAAAUAAGUAAUAGCUAAUUUGUAUAUUUUUCUAUUUUGAUCUUUCAUUCUAGUAAUGUAUAGGUGAAAUUUUAUAAUUUGACUAACUUAAUUGUUAUAGGUUUUAAAGUAUUUAUUUGUCUUUACACAUCAUUGUUUUUAUUAUUGCAAUACAUUUGUAUAUUUAUAUAUUUAAAAAAAGAAAAUUAAAAAAUUGAAACUUGUUAUUUUA